CAGAUCCCCGGGGCGGCGAUGGACCGAGUCAGCCUGCUGUGGCGCCUGAGGCGUCGGGCUCGCCGCGGAGCGUUCUGCAUGGCCUUCUUCUGCAUCUCCAUGGCUCUGCUCUACGCCAUCUGUGCUGAAAACAGCGUGCCGGUCACCGACGCCAUCUUUGGGGUGCGGGCAAGAACUCGGGCUCAGCCUCGUGCACACUCUGUCAUCAAGGUGCUGCGAGGCGGAGCCAAGCCCAUGUACAUCGACCCUCAGAAGCUCCCAGGUGUCGUCCCAGGUGACCCUCGCCGUCCAAUCCCUGUCCUCUCCUCUCCGAACCACACCCACGAAGUGGUGGACUCGACAUCAAAGCGGAAGUCGAGGGAUCGGGAGCCCUCUGGGUUUUUCGCUCAUCUGCUGCCGCGCCCCUUCACUCACGCACUGGAGACCCUGUUCGGAGGCCGGCGCAGGGGGGAGCUGAGCGGCAGAGGGGGGGACGCAGAGUUCUUCGGGCCUAAUGGGCUCCUGGGAGAGGUGUGGGAUGAUGAGAUGUCCAGUAGCAUGCUGGGAAACCGACUGAGGAGGGUGGUGCAGAACUAUCAGUCGAUGAACAAAUAUGGAGUUGAGGUUUCCGGCCCCGGCGGCGUCUCCAGCAGACCGAAGCUGAGCGGCCCCGAGCUUCUCUGCCAGCUGAAAGACAAGACAGAGGUGGCGACCUUGACCUCUGACCUCCAGCCCUUCUCGUCGCUGCCCUGGGCCGCCCAGCUGCCGUCCAAGCCACUGACCUCUGACCUCGGGCCGUACAAGAGCUGUGCCGUGGUGUCGUCGGCCGGGUCGCUCCGCUACUCCGGACUCGGCAAAGAGAUCGACUCCCAUGAUGCCGUGCUGCGCUUCAACGCCGCACCCACCAGCGGCUACGAAAAAGACGUCGGCUCAAAAACCACCAUUCGCCUCAUCAACUCACAGGUGAUGGCGUCUGACGAUCAUCAUUUCCUGUCCAGCUCUCUGUACAGCUCAGGUGCUCUGGUGGCCUGGGACCCCGCCCCCUUCUCCGCUGACCUCACUCAGUGGUUCAACAGGACGGACUACCCGAUCUUCGCCCAGUACCAGAGAUACAGACGACUCCACCCCCUGCAGCCUUUCUACAUCCUGCAUCCGCGCUUCGAGUGGCAGGUGUGGCAGCGAAUACAAGACAACAUGGCAGAACCCAUCCAGAAGAACCCGCCCUCCUCCGGCUUCCUUGGCACCGUCCUGAUGAUGUCACUGUGCGACGUGGUGCACGUCUACGAGUUCCUGCCGUCACGGAGGAAGACGGAGCUCUGCCAUUACUACCAGCGUUUCUUCGACGCCGCCUGCACGCUGGGCGCCUACCACCCGCUCCUCUACGAGAAGAACCUGGUGAAGCGGAUGAACCAGGGCACCGACCGCGACAUCUACACACACGGACGCAUCACGCUGCCCGGGUUCAAAAAGAUGAACUGCACCCAGGCUGCUGCUGGAGGCCUGAUGCACCACUGACUGAGCACACACACACACACACACACACACACACACACACACACAUACACACACUUACACACACAUGCACCGCCCACGCAGAACCCUGCAUGAAGAACACA